AUGGCCUCAACCCUCCCGCCCCCAAGAACCCUCCUAACCUCCCUCUUCACAACCCUCACCUCGACCCCCACCAUCGCACCUCCGGCACAGGCGCAGACACAACCACAACCACAACCCCGGCCACCGGGACCACACCCAAGCACAACCACAACCACAACCAGCAAAACCAACACAGUCACCACCAACCCGCUCAAAGUCCUCCCACCCGCCUACCGCCCCCUCCUCACGACCCUGCACGUGCUCUACCCAUCCACGCUGCUCCCCGCGCUGGACCUGCUGGACCGGCGACUCGUAACACACAUAAUUAUACAAGACGGAAACGCACCCACCGCAGAAAGACCUGGCGCCGAACAAGACCCCAAAGCCAAAGCCAGACCUCCUCCUACCAAGAGGCCCGGGGCCGCAGCCGCAUACCACCUAGUCCGUUCCGCCCAGCCGCAACAACAACUCCGUGCCAACCGACCCAACCCCAACGCCGCCGUGGCGCGGGGCGCCGUGUACGUGGUGCGCCUGCAGGCGUGGAAUUGCACGUGUGCGGCUUUUGCGUUCUGUGCGUUUCCGCGGGAGGACAACACCAACACCUAUCUAAGCCAUAACAAUGAUCAUGGUAUGGAUGUAGACAUGAACCUAAACUCCUACGAUAUCGCCCCCGCGUCAGCGUCAGCGUCUGCAUCAACCUCCACGUCUGCACCUGUACCCAACAGGCAACACAACCAACCCGUCAGAAGAACCGGAAGGACAUCAGGGCCCGAGGACGGCGGGAGCAAGCAGGACGAAGACGAAGGCUGGGAGUUCGGCGGGCUGAGCAUAGACGGGACAGACGGCAGCGGCAUCGCCAGCGUGCCGUGCUGCAAGCACCUGCUGGCCUGCGUCCUGGCGGAGCGGUGGAGCGCGCUGCUGGGCGGGCAUGUGGACGAGAGGGUCGUGGGCAGGGAGGAGGCGGCUGGCCUGGUCGGGGAUGUGUGA